CAGGGUGAGGGCAGAGAGAAGUGUCAGAGAGUGAGUGGGGUACAGGAGUUCCAAACUUAGAAUCUCGAGGCCCUCUGGGCUCCCGCGCCGGGGAGAGGGAGCUCGGGCCGCCAUGCGGGACAGGACCCACGAACUGAGACAGGGGGAUGACAGCUCUGACGAUGAGGACAAGGAGAGGGUCGCGCUGGUGGUACACCCGGGCACGGCACGGCUGGGCAGCCCAGACGAUGAGUUCUUCCAGAAGGUCCGGACAAUUCGGCAGACUAUUGUCAAGCUGGAGAAUAAGGUCCGAGAGUUGGAGAAGCAGCAGGUCACCAUCCUGGCCACGCCCCUUCCCGAGGAGAGCAUGAAGCAGGACCUGCAGAACCUGCGUGACGAGAUCAAACAGCUGGGGAGGGACAUCCGCGCAGAGCUCAAGGCCAUAGAGCCCCAGAAGGAGGAAGCUGAUGAGAAUUAUAACUCGGUCAACACAAGAAUGAGAAAAACCCAGCAUGGGGUCCUGUCCCAGCAAUUCGUGGAGCUCAUCAACAAGUGCAACUCCAUGCAGUCCGAGUACCGGGAGAAGAACGUGGAGCGGAUCCGGAGGCAGCUGAAGAUCACAAAUGCUGGCAUGGUGUCUGACGAGGAGCUGGAGCAGAUGCUGGACAGCGGGCAGAGCGAGGUGUUUGUGUCCAACAUACUGAAGGACACACAGGUGACUCGACAGGCUCUAAAUGAGAUUUCAGCCCGGCACAGCGAGAUCCAGCAGCUCGAGCGCAGUAUCCGUGAACUUCAUGAGAUCUUCACUUUUCUGGCUACGGAGGUGGAGAUGCAGGGGGAGAUGAUCAACCGAAUCGAGAAGAACAUUCUGAGCUCAGCAGACUAUGUGGAACGUGGGCAGGAACAUGUCAAGGUGGCCCUGGAGAACCAGAAGAAGGCAAGGAAGAAGAAAGUCUUUAUCGCCAUCUGUUUGUCCGUCACUCUCCUCAUCCUGGUGGUCAUCAUUAGUGUCUCCAUUCUGGUGUGACAGCAUCAUGGAUUCUCGGCGCUAAGAGCACCAGGGACCCAGGGGCUGCCUUCCCUCCCAGAAGCCAGGGGUGGGCAGGACAGAGCCUCCAGCCCGACCCCUUCCUCACACUGGCCAGAGGGGCAGACGGUUCUUCCAGGGCCGGCAGCCACUCAUCCACGGGGCCUCCCCCCCUUGGGCCACCAUGCCUGGGGGCAGGCCUGCCGUGUCCUCUUUGGCUGGGACCCGUGGUUUUGUAAGAAAUUAAAAAAAAAAAAAGUU